AUGGCAGCAUCGAAUGGCGUUCUCUUUGCUCCCAGAGCUUCGCAAUCAGCUCCUGCUGCAGCAAAGCCACAAGAACGGACAAGACUAUACAAAGACUUCCUUACGCCAGCGCUCCAUCGUCGCUUCACAUCUUCCGCAGGCAUCGUCCUCGCAGCUUGUUGGCUUGCAUCAAUCCUCAUCGGCACCAACUCACAUAUCUUCUGGUCAUGGUUUCCCAUUGGGGCCGCUGGAGUGAGGGCCAUCCUCCUUCUCAUACCAUGUAUGGCUGUCUUUAUUGUGCGAGUCGCAAACAUGCAUGUCGGGGAGCGCACAGCCAAUGGGCCAGCACUGGCCGCACUUGCAGCAAUCACACAGUCCAAGAGCUUGGGAAGCACGUUACACACUGUGGGCUGGUACAUGUGGAGUGGGUGGUUCUUCGGAGAGGUAUACAUGUGGUCGAGUAAGCCAGAGGACAGCCUCGGAAUGAUCGACCUUGGGAGGACCUACGAAAGAGCCAGAUUGAAUGAGAAUCCAAUAUUCUUGCGCUGUUUAUUUGUGCUCCUUGGUCUGAUCCAGGCGACCAGGCACUUGGCAGUGGACUACGACCAGAUCGCGAUACCGACAUGGAUUGACGAUGCGGCAUCGCAGAAGUCAGAGCAAGCUUCGUCUGGGAGUAACGCAUCGGCAUCUUUGCUGAGCAAAUUGCCGCCGUCAUUGCAGCUACUAGCAGGGCGAUCGACAGGAAUUGCACAUCGGGCGUUGAAGCUGACGGUUGUUGGUAUCCUGUUUGUCACACUGCCGGUCUACUUCUUGGUCUUGCGCCGGACUGCUUGGAGCUGGACGUACAUGGUCGGACGCGCUUUCUACAGUCAACUUCCCCCUUCCGCACCACCGACUGGCUUGCUCAAUUUCGGUCGGUUGGCAUGGCAAGCAUUCUUCGGCGCUUUCUUGCUUGCGCUUUUAUGGGAAUUCUCCAACGCGACUUUCGCAGUCUACGUCGCCCAGCCGCCGUUGAAGAAGGGACAACCUUUGACCAACGAGAUUAAGGAUGACCCCAACGGAAGCCUGAUUACCGGUCUCAAGAGCAAGAGGGAGGUGCCAAGAACUUUUGCGUUCUGGGAGUUAUACAUCAUCUGCACGCAAUUUGAAGUUCGGAGGAAAACAAUCUUCAUCGAGGUGGACCGCGCUGGAGGAAGCACAUGGCGGCAGAUCUGCGACCAGUGUCUGGCUGAGAUUUCAAAGAUCGGCCAAAGGAUCAACAGUGUCGAUGACUAUGGUCGAAGAAUUGUUUCAGCACCCAAAACACAAGAACUGGCCGAUGAUGCUAAUGCUGCCUCCAUCGGUCUCCCGAAAAUUGCCAAUCAUGGCAUACAAGACAGACCAGACAUGUUCUUGAAGCCCAAGAAGGACCUCGCUCAGGCCGUGGGCACAUUCGCAAAAUCAAUAGGUCAAUCGCCGACGAGUCACAACCCCGUCGCCAGCAUCCAACGCAGCGCCGACCAAAUCCUCCCGAAAGAGCAGCGCCAACGAAUCGUCCAGGAUCAAUUCGCCCAAGCCAACAGCUACGCGGUCAAAUUCCUCCAGAUGCCUGUCGGCGAGGCCUUCCGCCAGACUUUCGCAUAUAGAGCUUCCGCCGUGACUUUCGGCACGCCGCAUAGCAACCGUGUCACGGUCAUCUACGCCGUCCGUGCAUUGACCAAAUUGGCCGUGUGCUCUCUCACGGAAGCGCAAUAUGGCGGCGUCUCGAAGGAUAUCCCCGUCAUCAUCCGUACCCUCACUGCAGCGAUCCGGUCGAUGGAGAGGUUCACGCGGACGUUGAAGCCUGAUUGGACCGAUGUCCUCUUCUCGGAACGCGAUCGUGAAGUUGCCGACAUUCGCCAGGUUCUUGAGGUCAUCAAAGCUGGUCUCGAGGAGAUCGUGCUUGCGUUCGGAGAAUAUGCAGGUGAGCUGGGCUUGAGUAAGAUGGAAGUCCGAGAGGCGAGAGAGGCUUCCACUCGAAAGGCUAUCACCAGUGGUGGUGUUGCAGGUGCUGCAGAGACCAAACGACUGCCUUCAAAUAGUGGAGAGCGAGUAGAGAUGGUGCAACGAAGGAGAGGAUAG